AUGAGGCUGACACUUAAACUUCGAGGAUUUCCCCCACAGCGGCUCUGCAGUUGCGAUAUGAAUAUCGCAAACAGCUGGUUGGUUAACGUUCCGUUUGUUCACCUACUGACUGGCGGUGAUGUUCCCUACCUCACCAUUAACCGUUUUCAUGGAGCCACUUCCAUUUGUCAGGCUGUCGUAGCUUGGGUUAAAUACCAACCUCACAGAUGCAGUAAGCGUAUCAUCAGUCUUGUCCAGGCAUACAAGUCCACAGACAUUGGCCUGGAGGACCUCGUUCUUCGAGUCGAUAGAGUCUGGCUAGAGACCGAAAUAAACGCCAUCGUUAACACGGGUUCGUCAAGUCACCUGCGCCUACUCGCCCAGACCAGCCAGACGGUAAUGUUAGACCGCACAGCCUACCCAGAAGACAUCGAUCCCAACAUCAUCUUUAGCACAGGGUCCUCCUGUACACAGGAAAGCCAAUUCCAAUACGUCCUCUCACUCCCACGACAAGGUGGCCCCCAAACCCUCCGUUCCCUCCUUCUCCUCCUCCACCACCACCACCACCACCAACACCACCAUCACCAUGAAGCCACCAUCACCUCCCAAUUCCUCAACGCAAAAUUGCAAAUCAGCAAAUCCCUCGCCCACGCCGUCCCAUCCCUCCACGCCGCAAACUUUGUGCACAAAAACAUCAGUGCGGAAACAAUCCUCUUCCUCCCCGACCCCACAACCGGAGAGCCCAGCGAUCUCUACCUCGUCGGCUUCGAGCAACUGCGUCCAUCACCAGGCCGCCCAUCAUUCUGCGCAGAUAUGGUCUCUCUCACCGGAAUCUCUACAGACACCCGAGCCACCAGGGGUCAGGGCCAGGGCCUGUGGCCGCAGGAAUAG